CUUUUAGUGGUACCUAGCCAAAUUUUCAUUCGAGAAAACAGCCGUCUAGCCCCUCGCCAGGCUCCCUACCUCGCACGCUCGUCUUCCUUUCCGACCGACGCCGCCUGCCGCCUCUGUCAUCUCUCGGCUCCCGCCCAGCGGCCCCCUUCCUCGAUCUCUUCCACGCGCUCAACCUGGGCUAUUGCCGCCUCCGGAGCUGAGCUCCCGGAUCCGAGAGACGGCAAACUGUGUGGAAGGGUGGGAGUUGGGAUAAGGUGCGGCUGGUGGCUCCGGCCUCCGGGAGACUGACGACAAUAGUGACGGGACGAGCUGCGGAUCGAGCAGCGAUGAUCCUACAGAGGGAAAACACGAUCUCUGCCCCUCCUUCCCCAAAAUCAUCUCUCUCCCGAUCUUGGCCUCCCCCAGAUUCACCACCUGCUCUCCUCUUCGGCUACGACCUUGGCUCAUCUGCAUUAGCUUCUCCUGAUUCGGACACGCAACAUGGUUUACCACUCUAGUUUCGCUGAUGAUGAUGGGAUCACAAAAGCUUGCAGCUGUCCUUUGCUUCCACUGAAAACUCAUAUCAAGGGCCCGGCACCAGCCUCUGACCCUGAUAAAGCGGACAUUGUUGAUGAAGCCAUAACUUUCUUUCGAGCCAAUGUUUUCUUCAAAAAUUUCCAUGUGAAAAGCUCAGCAGACAAGUUAUUGAUCUAUCUGACGUUUUAUAUCAAUAUUGCCUUAAAAAGACUAGAAGGUUGCCGGACACUAGCUGUUGGGACUAAAGCAAUCAUUAAUCUGGGAUUGGAGAAAGUUCCUGUACCUGGGGAACCAGGGUUUCCUUUCCCUGGACUUUUCACUCUUCCCCAGUCCCAGGAGGAAGCAGAAUUGUUGAGGAAUUAUUUGAAGCAGAUAAGGGAGGAAACAAGUGGAAGAUUGCUCAACUGUGCAUACAGAGCUAAUGGCUUUCCAAACAAGUGGUGGUUGGCUUUUGCUAAGAGGAAGUUCAUGAACAUUGUCAUCCUUUAGACUUGGGCUUUUUGUACCAACUGGUUCAAGCUGUUUUUUCACUCAUGAUCGUGUGAAGUAUCCACACACAACAAAGAUAGUUAUCCUACAUCCCAAAGUAACACGCCAAAGACUUCGAUGAUAGGAUAGAUGAAUGACAUAAGAUAAAUUAUUUGUUCCCAAUUUGCGAUGUAUAACCGUGGGAACAGUAAUUAUCAUGUUGUGUUGCCUUUUGUAAUUCUCACCCUGCUAUAUCAGAGAGACGAAACCUGAUACGGGGUAUAUUCUACAAUGAUGUCUAAAAUGAGACAGUUCAAAUGUUC